AUGGGGGUUGACAGGCGGGACACGCUGAUACUGCUGCCUCGCGCUACACACUCGCAACGGCGCGGCUGUGCGCGCGGUAAAGACGGCAGUCGGGGGGGAGAGCGCGGUGGGGCACGAGGCGGAGGGAGCCAUCGCAAUGCACCGCGAAUUCUCGCGCCGCUUCUUGCCCCACUUCCUCCCCACUGCCCUCUCCCUUCCCUUCGUCUCCGCCCGUCGUCCCCUUUUCCAUUUGUCUUCUACCCUCCCAUUCCUGCCCCAUUCCCCCUCGCCCCACUCCCCGCCCCCCACCCUCCCCUUUUCCGCUCCCCCCUCUCUCCCCCUCCCUUCCCCCUUCUCCCCCUCGCUUCCCCCUCUCCCCCUGCCCUCCCCCCCUCCUCCCCCCCCCGCGCGCAGUACAUGAUGGUGGCGCGGCACCUGUCCAGCAAGAUGACUUUUGAGUCGACUCAAAAUGUCAUCCCCCACUCCCCCUGCCGUCCCCCCCUCCGCGCGCAGUACAUGAUGGUGGCGCGGCACCUCUCCAGCAUCGAGCAGAUCGUUGUGGCGCUCACAGAGAGCAUAACGGAGCAGGCGGGCAACGAGGCGCAUGACAUGCGUGUGCUGGUGGGCGCACUGGAGAACCACACUCUCUCCGUCGCCACCGCCCUCACCGACCACGUCGCCCUACAGACGGGUCAGCUGCGCCAGCUGGCAUCGGAGAUACGCAAUCACAGCGCCACGGUGCAGACCCACGUGGCAACAGCCGUGGACGCCAUUGGCGGAGGUGGGGAGGGCGGGAGGGGUGGCGGAGAUGUGACAAAGGAGAAGCUGGCCGUGCUCAUCUCCGCCUCCGCUCGCUCCCAGGUGCGCGAGGCGUGUGUGCACCUGGUUGCUGUUGUCGAUGCGCGGGAGAGGCUGGCCGUGCUCAUCUCCGCCUCUGCUCGCUCCCAGGUGCUGCCUCCGGGGAAAUGCGAGGGAAGAGCAAGGGAGGAGCAGGGGGGGGCAGGGGAGGGAGGGGGAGAGCAAGGGGGGGACAGGGAGAGAGCAGGGAGGGGCAGGGGAGGAGCAGGGAGGGGCAGGGGGGGGGGGCCAGGGGGAGUGCAGGAGGGGGUAGAGGGGAAGCAGAGGAGUGUGGGAGCAGGGGGAGAGCCGGGGGAGAGCGGGGGGGGAGCAGGGGGAGAACAGGUGGGGAGCUGGGGGAGAGCAGGGGGGGAGCAGGGGGGGGAGCAGGGGGGGAGCAGGGAAGAUUCCCUUCCUAUCCCCAUCCCCUCACCUACUUGUAAGGCGUUUCUCUCCAGCCUUCUCACCUCAGUCAAGGCGCUCUCCAAGCAGAUGGAGGAGCAGGGAGGGGCAGGAGGGGCAGCUGGCAGCGCAGCGGGCUUGAUGGGGGUGAGAGAGGCGGCCGCGGCUUCCAGGAAGCAGCUGCUGGCCCUCAAGACGCUGCAGGAGUCAAUGGAGGACCUCAAGUCAAGGCAGUCAACGACAGACUACUCCCCGCAGCUCAUCCGCAUUCUCGGGGUGCUUAAGGCGCUGGUGGCGCACAUCAAGGCGGCCACGGCCAACGGCGGGCUGGGGCUGGGGCUGGGCGAGCAGCUGCCUCAGCUGCCGUCCCUCGACAUGGAUAGACCGCACGAGAGGAGCACAACAGCAGCACGAGCACCCGCAAUCUCCUCAAAAGACUUGGGUUUAGCUGGCAGGCAGCAUAGCAGUCACACGCGCGCACGCACACCCCUCCACUCACAGACAUGCUGCCUUGACUUGCGGCCCUCCCCUCGCUCCCUUCUCCCCCCAACCCUUUCUGCGGCUGCUGCAGCAGGUGCUGGCAGAGGUGCUUUGAGUCGACUCAACACUCAUCUCCCUCCCCUGUACGCCCUCUUUCCCCUCUGCCCCUCAUUCUUCCCUCCUCCCCCUGUUUCUUCCCCAUUCUCCCCUUCUUUCCCCCAACCACAGCUGCAGCCGCAGGCACAGGUGUCAGCGCAGCAGGCGCAGCAGAUGGAGCGGCUGCUGCAGCAGGUGCUGGCGGAGGUGCGCAACGGAACGCACCUCACGCUGCUCCUCCGCGCCGUCUCCACGCAGACCACCAUCCUCUCGCGCCUCGCCAAGCGCUUCUCCUCGCUCCAGUCAGCCGCCUUCUCAGUCACCACUGCCGCCACACCCCCGCCUGCUGGCCCUGACUCUGCCGCCGGCGGUGGCGGUGGCGGUGCGGCGGUCAAGUCCCUGCAGGGGCUGGUGGCGAUGGUGCUGCAGAACUCACAGAAGCACAUGAGGGCGCUGCGGGACGUGAAGCAGAUGCUCACGGGGGAGGAGGCGGACGGCAAGGGGGGGUACUCGGUGCCGGUGAGGACGCUGGCCGUGGUACAGGAGAGCGCGCGCGCGCUGCAGCAGAUGCCCGCCCUGCUCAUGCAGCUGGAUCGCCGCUUGCAGGGCGUGGGUGGCGGGGCGGGUGGUGGUGUGGCUGGGGGAGGAGGGGGAGGAGGAGGAGUGAGGGCGGAAGGGGUCGUGGUAGGGGGAGGGGGAGCAGGCACAGGCAUGCGGCAGCAGCAGCUGGAGCAGCAGCAGCAGCAGCAGCAGCAGCGGCAGGUGGUGACGGCGAUGGAACCCCCGAAGCUGAGUGGCAGGGCGGCACGGCACGAGCGGCUGAAGCAGCUGAUGGCGAAGGAGGCUGCCGCCCGCGCCGCCAAGCAGAAGGAGGAAGAGGCGGCGGCAGCAGGGAAGGUGGCGGCGGCAAGCGGAGUGGAAGGAGCGGGAGCAGGAGGGCAGAAGGAAGGGGGGGGCAGAGAGCAGCGCGCGGUGGAGGGUGCAGGGCAGGCGCAAGAUGGGGGCGCACAGCAGCAACAGCAGGAGCAGCAGCAGGAGGUGGAGCACGGAGUUGUGGCGGCAGGUAUGGGUGCAGCAGGAGGGGCAGGCGCAGGGAGGGGUGGUGGAGAUGACAGGGGUGGAGGGGAGCAGCAGAGGCAGGGACAGGUGAAGACGGAGGGGGGAAGUGAGGGGAGGGGUGGCAUUACGGCAGAGGAGAAGGCUGGUGGGCGCGAGGGGGGGACGAGUGCAGGGAGCGAUGGUGCUGUGGGUGCUGGUGGUGCUGGUAGCAGUGGUGGUGCUGGUGAUGGUUCUACUGGUUCUACUGGUUCUGGUGUUGCUGCCACUGAUGGCUUGCAGAGAGUGCAGGGCGAGAGGGAAGGGCGAGUGGGAGGUGGGGUUGGAGGUGGGGAGCAAGAGGGAGGGGAGGGAAGGAGGGAGGGUGGGGGAGAAGGUGGGGGGGAUGCCGAGGAGGGGGAAGCACAAGGGACUGCUGGGGAAGGAGAUGGAGGAGGGGAGGGGGGAGGGGCAGGAGCAGGGGUAGGAGAGGGGAAAGCAGCGUCAGGAGGCGAUGAAGGAGAGGGAGCAGGGGGGGCAGGGGGAGAAGGGGGAGAAGGGGGCGCAGGGGGAGGAGAGGGAGGGGGAAGGGCAGGAGGGGGGGUGGUGCCGAUAGAGUGGGCGAAGCCAGAGGAGAUGGACAGCGAGAGGGCCGACCUGGUGUCCAUGCUCAAGGCGCGGCGGGAUGAGGCGGGCGAGCGCGGCAGCGACGACAGCGGCGUGAAGAGUGGCGGCGGCAGUGAGGCGGUGAAGCACCGGAGGAAGAGGAAGAAGCACAAGGGUGGGGAGGGGCGCAGUGCGGUGGGAGGUGGUGGGAAGGGUGAGGGGGAGAUGAGUGAGGAGGAGAGAGCGAUGGCUGAGGCGAGGAUGGCGGUGAGUAGAGAGAGAGGGGAGGAUGAGGAGGAGGAAGAGGAGGAGGAGGGGGAGGGGGAAGGGGAGGAAGGGGAGGAGGGGGGGGAAGAGGGGGAGGAAGAGGGAGGGGAGGACGAGGAGAAGGGUGGAGGGAAGGGAAAAGGUGAGGGUGGGGUGAAGAGUGGGGUUGGACGCAAACAGAGGGUGGCUGGGGGGGAACGUGGGGAGGCGGGGAGUGGAGAGCUGAAGGAGAGAGGGGGGACGAGAGGAGGGGAGGGAGAGAGCAAGAGGAGGCUGGGAGAGGAAGAUGGUGUGAGGGGGGCACAGGGGGGAGGGGCACAAGGAGGAGGGGGAGGAGGUGGAAGAGGAGGAGGAGGAGGUGUAGGGGAAGGAGGAGGGGAGGGCGCAGUGGCAAGGCAGGGCAGAAGGAAGCGCAUUCCGAUGGAGCAGGCGGAGGAGCAGCAGAGCAUGGGGGCGGGGGCACGCACGGGGCUGCGGCUGAAGAGCAUGGGGAUCGAGGAGCUGCUGAGCCUGGAGGACGAGGAGGACGACGAGGAGGAGGGCGCAGGGGGAGGAGGAGGGGGCGGAGGGGGAGCGGGAGGGGGUACAGUAGGGGGAAUGGGCGGGGAAGGGGGUGUAGAGGUGGCUGGGGAGGGGGGGGGGAGCAGUGGUUGGGGGGGAGGGCGAGAAGGCCAGCAGGGGCAGGGGAUUAGGAUGGGAGUCGCGGGCGGCGGAGGGGGAGUGGGGGUAGCAGCGAGGGUGGGCAAGGCAGUGUUGGAUGAUGUGGAGGGCGAGGAGGCGUGGAGGGAGCCGCUGCCCACAGAGGGGUACAUUCCCCAAGGGCCGUUCGCUAGUGAGUAUUCGGAAUUUCCAAUAGUGACUCAAGCGUAG